AGGUGAAAGCCGUGUGGAAAACACGUGUGCGCCUCGCUCGCAGCAACAAACCGGAGAGGAGCGGUGCAGCCCCCGCUGUCCUCAACUUACCCCCCCCCACAUCACCACCACCACCACCACCACCCGGAGGGACGUUUUCAUCCGUCCCCGUCAGCGUAGCGUGCUGCCCCCCCCCUUCCACCCCGCAUCACUUUCUGAAAAAAAACAGGAUUGAUAAAACAACACAAAGAGUUGCUUCACUUGUUUUAAAGGGCUGCGGCUCAAUUAGCAGACGGUUUGGUUUAAGGGACGGACUCCACAUUUAGUCAAGGGGGGGUAGAGAGUGAGAGAGGAGGCCACUGAAUGAGGAAGACAUCGUUCAGCUCACACGCACACAGGAUGCUAAGGCUCGUUGGGUGACGUAGCAUGGCCUGACGUCGCAUGCCUGUCGGCCUGCUUAGAUGGACGAGCUGAGGCACUGCAGCCGGUGAACCUUUCUGUCUGGAAGAGUGAGAAGCCAGCGGGGGUCGGCGCCGCGGAGCCCUGCGGCGAAGGCUCACCGUAAAACGACGCGUUUGCACCAUGACGGAUCCCAUGAUGGACUUCUUCGACGACCCCAGCCUGUUUGUGGGGGGCCUGGACGGGCUGUCCGACGAGGGGUUCGCGGGCUCGGGGCCAGUGUCCCUGGUGGACGAGCUGAACCUGGGCGCCGAGUUCGAGCCCCUGCAGGUCGAGCCCCUGGGGGGGGGGAAGCACCCGGGCAUGGCCCCCCCGCCGGCCUCCGCUUCCUCGCAGGCGGGCCUGCCCUUCGAGCAGCAGCUGGGCCAGUUCGACGUCCUGAAGGGGCCCCUCCCCCUGGGGCAGCCCUUCUCCCUCGCCGAGGGCGGCGCGGCGGGCGGGGGGAGGAACGCGCUGCACCCCCAGUACCACAGCUCCCCGGUGCACCAGCCCCCCCAGCCUAACGGGUUGUUCCCCGACAGCAGCCCGAUGUGGGGCAACCAGGAGCAGAGCGGGAAUGUUUUCCACCAGCCGGCGCCGAGCCAGAGCUCGCAGCUGGGCCAGCAGCAGCAUCAGCAGCACCACCACCACCACCACCACCACCACCACCACCUGCCGCAGCCCCAGUACAUGAGCUCCCAGCCCGGCCAGCCGCCCAGCAAGGGCUUUGCAGAGCACCACGACUUCGCCUACUUCCCGAGCAACCCCCAGCCCCACGCGGCGCUGCACCGCCAGCAGGCGCCGCACGCCGCGCCCCAUUCCCUGCAGCCCGCGCUGGACCGCAACGGCAGUCCCUACGGCCCGGUCCAGGACGCCCUGGGCCCGGCGAGGCCUUUCCCCGCCGGCAGGCGGUUGGGCCGCCAGUUCGCCGGCCCCCCGGAGGACCUGCCUGCUGUUCGACAGUGGUGCUUUUCCAGUGGGGGCCGGGUGUGUGGGUUUUCCACGGUGAGCGGCUUCACUCCUCGUCUCCUGGGCACUGCCGCCCCCCCCGACCGGCAGCUCGCCGGCCUCCCCAGGCACCUGCAGCUGCGCUGGGAGGAAGUGGAAAAUCUGAGCGGUCAGGCGAGGAAGGAAGGGAGAAGAGGAGCGGAGGAGGAGGAGGAGGUGGGGGGAGGGAGAGGGAGGGAAGGAUAG